GGGUGAAUGAAUUCUCCCGGCGGCCGAGGCAGGAAGAAGAAGGGACCGGCCCGAGAUCCGCCCGAAGGCAACAGCGACAGGCUCUCGCUCCACAGACGUAACCUCUACUACUUCUCCUACCCGCUGGUCGCUGUCUUCACCUUCCUGCGCUUCCUGGCCUUCCACCUCUGGCUCUUCUUCGCCUACGUCUGCCAGCGCCUGGCCGAGAUGGCAUCGCGCAAGAGCACCCCGACCGUGGCCACGGCCGAGCCCGAGCAGAUCCGCCAGUCCCACCGGCUGGCCUUCGAGUACAUCUCCACCGCUCUCGGCAUCGACGAAGACGAAAGAGGACAGAAGAAGAAAGCUGUGGAGUGGUACAAGAAAGGGAUUGCAGAACUAGAGCAUGGGAUUGCAGUCCAGAUCUCUGGAUCAGGUGAGCAGGUUGAUCGAGCCAAGCGACUGCAGAGCAAAAUGACAACUAAUUUGAUUAUGGCCAAGGAUCGUCUUGAACAGCUAGAGCAGAUGCUAGCAUGCACAAAGAUUUCCAAGCCUGAGAGGGAGAUGUGUAGAGGCAACCCAACCCCACCAUGUCUUAGAGCAUGGUCCCAGUCAGAAAGUGGAGCUGUUCCAAAGAAAAAGGAUCCUUUGAUACAGACAAGCAAUUCUCUCCCUCGUUCGAAGUGCACAGCAAAAACUGCUUUACCGGGACAAUGUGGUCAUCACAGGGCCCAGAGCUACAGUGGAAUCUCCAAUGUUGCUGGGGCAUCCCGAGCACCUGCUCAACCCAGUACCUCAACUGCCAAGGCCACAAGUUCAAAGCACAACAGAUCAAACAAACCCACAACCCCUGUUGGAACUCCUCAGAAGAAAAAGGAUUUGAAAAAUUUUCGGAAUGUUGACAGCAAGCUGGCAAACCUAAUCCUGAAUGAAGUGGUGGACAGUGCACCAUCUGUCCGUUUUGAAGAUGUUGCUGGGCAAGAGCUGGCGAAGCAGGCUCUGCAGGAGAUUGUCAUUCUUCCGACUCUCAGGCCCGAAUUGUUCACAGGACUAAGAGCUCCGGCUCGAGGAUUACUCUUGUUUGGCCCACCUGGAAAUGGGAAAACAAUGCUGGCUAAAGCUGUGGCUUCCGAAUCAAAUGCAACCUUCUUCAAUAUCAGUGCUGCGAGUCUUACUUCCAAAUAUGUUGGAGAGGGAGAAAAGUUGGUGAGAGCUCUCUUUUCAGUAGCUAGAGAACUUCAGCCAUCCAUCAUUUUUAUUGAUGAAGUAGACAGCCUCCUUUGUGAGAGGAGAGAAGGAGAGCACGAUGCAAGCAGGCGCUUGAAAACAGAAUUUUUAAUAGAAUUUGAUGGGGUACAGUCCAGUGGAGAUGAUAGAGUUCUAGUAAUGGGAGCAACGAAUAGGCCGCAGGAACUAGAUGAUGCUGUCCUCAGGCGUUUUACAAAGAGGGUGUUUGUCUCGCUGCCAAAUAAGCAAACACGGUUGUUGCUGCUUACAAAUCUUUUGGCCAAACAUGGCAAUCCACUGAAUCGAAAGGAUCUUGAGCAUCUGGCCAAGCAGACGGAAGGAUAUUCGGGGAGUGACCUGACUGCACUGGCGAAGGAUGCGGCACUGGGUCCAAUUCGAGAACUCAAGCCAGAAGAAGUAAGGAGUAUGGCUGCCAGUGAGGUGAGAAAGAUCCGACUUUCUGACUUUGAGGAUUCAUUAAGGAAGAUAAAGCGCAGUGUAGGCCCUCAGACUCUCGAGGGAUACAAGCGUUGGAACGAGGACUACGGAGACACUGCUGUUAAUUCAUGAUGGAUCAAACCAGUAUCGGCUCCGGUCACUGUUUUAAUGGACUUGACUUGAUCAAGGAGUGUGACGUGGGUUGUUAGCAGUAAACGGCAUCCAAAGUUGUUUCAUCACAAGUUCUAACUGGAAUCAGGAACACAAAAGCUAACGGGAUAAGUUUACAAAACUGACUCUUUUCCAUGACGUGCUUUUAAUCCAAGUUUCAGGAGUCUUUGUGCUUCUGGAUCUUUGACCACAUAACUGGCAGUCAAUGAAAAUUGAGCUUAGGGUUUAGAAAUAGUCACGUAUAUCAUCUGUAUAUUUUGUUUCUGAUGUAAAGAAGUUGGUCCCUGUUCAGACUAUACUUAGUAGAAGCACAACAAUAGGAAGAAUCGUGCCUUAAGUUUGCAGUACACUUAUGACCUAUCAUUUUUGGUCCUUUUGCUCCUAUAACUAAUCCACUCUCUUUAAAAAAAACCACUAGCAUUAUUCAUCUAUUACAGAUGAUCAAAUCUGUUCAACAGUGCCAAAUAAGUUGCUGGUUGCACACUAACAAAAUGAUAUCUUUGUGAAAUGAAUAUUUUCAGUGCUCAUCAGCUUUCAAGAGUUUCUCCCUUUAUUUUGGGUAACUUGAUUUAUUUUGAACCAUUCUACCACUAAAUAACUUUGCCUUGUUCUUUGGAUGUUCCGGCACAUUGUUUAUCAGAUAGACUUGGUACAAAAGGCUUGCACGUGUUGGAGGAAUAGCAAAAUAUUGCUUGUACAGUUCAGUUCAGUGUGUGAUUUUUUUUCUUCCCACCAUUCUUUCCUUUAUUUGGCUGAAUCUUUUGAAAAUAUUGUUGCAGGGGUGGGUUAUAUGCAAUUUUAUAAUACUGAGGUAAGUCUGGGCUAUCCUAUAAGUUGUCUUCCUAAGCUCUUUGUAUCUUUUUGAUAUAACAUCUGAACUCUCUUAAAUUCUCCUUUCUUCCUUGCGUUCCUUUUCCUGAAUCCUGAGUUUACUCCAUUAAUCUUCCUCACUUUGCUAUUAUUACCAGAAUUACUAUUUAGAAAUUUCUUCUCCUGAACUGUUGCACAGGUGACACAGUGGUCAUGGUCCCAGAAGCGUAUCUGGAGAGAAUUUCCUGCACAUGUCAUUGCUAACGAUAUCACAGUUCACAGUAGGGAGGCAGAAUGUUAGGAGGGAGGAUGUCAGAGAGUGUAUUUCUUUUUAAUCAAAAUUGAGUUCCACGAAAAUCAAUUACCAGAGGCGGAAUGCUUUUAUCUACCCAUCUCCCUUAAGGUAGCCUCUGGAUGAGGUCACCCAGUGUGCUUAUUAUUAAACAGCAACAGAUUCAUCAUUGACCCCUGUGUGAACCACAUUUAUUUGUGCUGUUCUGUUUGCCCUUGAAGGUUGUGCAGCUACACUUUAUCACUAUGUUCCUGAUCCUACAACAACCCAUGAAUUCUGUCUUAAUGUUGACAAAAUGCUAUAUGUUAAUGUUACAUUUUGUUAACGGUACAAAAUAAUUUCCUAGAACACAGUGACUAUACUUUAAAACAUAUGUAGUUAUUGGUAAUGUGGUUGGCAUGCCCUGAGAUCACGAAAUGCUUGUUAUACAAAUUCACUUUUUGGAAGAAAUGAUCACCCUGGAAUUAAAAACAGUUAAUAUUAUAAUUUCCUUACCCCCAGUGAUUUCAAGUGGAGAUUGUUCAUUCCAGAGCCUUUCCAUUUGAAUUCUGGUUGAGGGGGAUCCCAAUGUGUGUCUGUAUGCUGGAGGAGGUGGGCUCUUGGAGUAACCUGAUCAUUGUGAACUGAAGAAGGUGGUUCCGUUUUUGGAGGUUUUAAGUAACUUUUUGUACCAACUCUACCUCAUUAGACAGUUGUGCUGAGCUAGUGAACCUGAUAACUUGCGGCUUUAUUACGUGGUGCACAGUUAGUUUUUUUUCUUGAGAUGCAUCUGACCAAACCAAAUCAGCAGAGCUUUUAAUAUCUUGUAACCACUGCAAGGUCUUGUACUGCAGACUAUCCGAAUGCGAGACCUGUGUUGAAAGGCAAUGACUGCAGACACUGAGUAGGAAUGAAGUGUCCUAGAAUUCAGAGAGCACUGAAAUAAUGAAAGGCCUGAAAGUAAAUACCGAGUACCUUUGCUAUUUAGUUGAAUCUGUGCUUUGAAACUCUCUUCCAAACUUUCUAGCUGUAGUCUGUGAAUUUACACUGCUGAAACUCUUAUCGAUAUGACCAUUAACUAAUGCAAAGCAAUUAACUGGCGUGUGAAUUCUUCAAACUUUGAUAACUUUUUAAUGAUCCUCUAACAGAUUUUUACAUCAUUGCAUUGAACUUGACAUGAGUAGGAAGUUUAAUUAUGAGCAUGGUAUUCAAGAUUAGACAGUGAUAUUGUUUUAUUUUAACACUUGUAAUUCCAACACUCUGGUACUGCUGAAACUGGUAUAGAGAAAGGUGAAGUGUCCCAAUUAGUAUAUAUUGUAUUUUUGGAACUUUUAUUUUUUUUUGUAUAGAUAUGCAUGAAUGAUUUAUUUUGGUCUGUUUGUUUUUCAUGUCUAAUAUAUUGAUAAAUAAAUUUUUAAUUCAA